GCCGCAGAGGGCAGCGGGGCCAGGCCAUGCGGGAGCUGCGCUCGUCCGCCUUCUGGAGGGCCGUCCUGGCCGAGUUCCUGGGCAGCCUCCUCUAUGCCCUGCUGGGGCUGGGGGCUUCCCUGCGCUGGGCCCCGGGCCCCCCCAGUGUCCUGGGGGCCGCCCUGGCCUUCGGGCUGGCUCAGGCCACCCUGGUGCAAGCGUUGGGCAAUGUCAGCGGGGGACACGUCAACCCGGCAAUCACGCUGGCCCUGCUGCUGGCCUCACAGCUCUCCUUGCCCCGUGCCCUGGGCUACCUGCUGGCCCAGCUGCUGGGCACCCUGGCCGGGGCCGGCGUGCUCUACGGUGUGACACCGGCCCCCAUUCGCGGCACCCUGGGCCUCAGCGCGCUGCACCCUGGUGUGGGGCCGGGCCAGGGCACGGUGGUGGAGAUGCUGCUGACUGCCCAGUUCGUCCUCUGCGCCCUGGCCAGCUUCGACGAACGCCACAACGGUCGCCCCGGCUCGGCUGCUCUGCCCAUCGGCUUCUCCCUCGCUCUCGGCCACCUCUUUGGGAUCCACUACACGGGCGCCAGCAUGAACCCCGCACGCUCCUUCGCCCCGGCUGUCAUCACCCGCAACUUCGCCAACCACUGGGUGUACUGGGCGGGCCCGCUGCUGGGCGCGGCGCUGGGUGCGGUGCUGUACGAGUUCGCGUUGUGCCCGCGGCCCCGCAGCAUGGCCGAGCGCUUGGCCGCGCUGAAGGGGGAGCCGCCCGCCGCCGAGCCCCCGGCGGAGCCGCCGGCCGAGCCGCUGGAGCUGAAGACGCAGGGGCUGUAGUGCCG